AUGGCGCUUGCGCCUGGUAUCAGCCCAACAACACUGGAAGAUCAGCGCAAUCCUCCACAGACCGAAUCAGAUUUCACCCGCGCUCGAUCGCAAGAGCAGUUCAAUCCCGAUGCCACAACGAAUCGAAAUUUGUACGCGAAUCUGCAACCUGUCGAUAUCGAUACGAUUAGAGACGACAUCUUCGAAGCAUUAAAAGAUGGAAUGGUUGGUAAGAAAAGCGAGGAAAUCAUACUUCUUGAAGUUGUCAGCAAGAUAUGGGCACAAAACCGUCACCGCAAGUUCUACGUCAAUCAAGCGUGGUAUGACCCGGAGUGGGACAGGACCAACUUCAUGGAAGAGAUGAUUCAGAUAAUGUCAAUUUUGAUCCGCAUCAAUUUCCGCCAUUGGAAGCGGUUUGGCGCAGUUUUCGUCGGGCAUGGGGAUCGGCGAGAUCAGAACAUUCCUUUUGAGUUGAAAAAACUGCAGCAAGACGGCUUCUUGGGAAGAUCUGAGGGAGCGCUGUUCUACGAAAAUCAGUUCGCGUUCUGUCCUAUUCCGAUCCCAGAACAAGAAGAUGAGUUUGUACUGAACAGCGAAGAGCGGCUUCCCUGGAUCGACGAACCAAAAUUCGUAGGGGAAGGCGGCUUCGGACAAGUCAACAAGCGAACAGUCGCGAAGGGAUUUUUGCGCUUUCAAGAUUGCACUACCAAUGUGGAACCCAGAGCUGUUGCUGUCGAGACAAUAUCCGGAAAAGAUGCACGGAAAGGAGAGUUCAACAACUUGAAGGAGCUACGUCAAUGCCUUAGUGAUCACAUACGGAUCAUGGUCAAUCUCGUCACGAUGGUCGAAAAGUCAAGCCCGAAUGACAUCUAUCACAUUGUUUACGAACUGGCCGCGUACGACCUCAAUGUAUUUCUGACCAAGAUGCGCCAUAAACUGAGAAAGAGACGUCACGCGACAGCCACACCAGAAAGAACAGGUUCCGCCAACAUGUGGCCUGGCGAUCUGAUUUCAGAAAGCGUCAAUCUUGCCGACGCAUUGGACUACCUGCAUAACCGGCUUUACUCCACCAAGCUACAUUCGUCGCUCUCCCAUAACGACAUCAAACCAGAGAACAUCCUAGUGGUCUAUCCUGAAACAACGACUAAGAAUGAACUAUACCCUGUGGGACAGUGA